AUGUUAUUCAUUGCAGCCGUCAUAACAGUGCUGACAAGCUUCAGUAACAUUGUUACAGGAGCAAAACCACCGCCAGCUCCUGAACCGAUCCAUAUCAUCGAGCUGCCCCUCCCUCCGCUCAUAGCUGAUACUACUGAGGGCGCUUGUUCCUUAGCCAUCAAUUACCGAGGCACUGGAUGCAUUGCCCAGGCGGGCCUGAAUAGUGGCAGCUUUACACCCGAUGGCAAGCAUGUUACUGCAUCAGUCAUGUUCGUCGGGGCUUCUGCUGCUCCUGAUCCGGCGAGCAUCUACACAGGUACCCAGUUGAUAUUGAUCAAAGCGGACAAUACUACCUUUCCUAAUGGCGAUCCAUGGAAAUGCAUUACUUGUGGUGUCCCAGCCACGAACAUGGUUGCUUCGACGGAUUUGUCAGCAUACCCGCAGACGUUCCGAGACGGCAAGCGAGCCAUGUCUGGAAUCAACAUCAUCGAUUGUGGCAACGCCAAUUUCACUAGUGAGGACUGCACCCCGAACAAGACACACAUUUAUCCUAUACGCCUUAGCAAUACGGGAGACGACAAUGUUGGUGAGCUUCGUGGCCUUACUGGUACGGGAAAGGAGAUUGUUUAUGUAGGAUAUCCGUGGCAGUCCUGCAAUAUCGACCUGUUCGCAUGUGAUUUAACUACCGGUGCGGUACGUCGCAUAACUUCACACCCUGAGUACGCGGACCCGAUCAGCGUGUCACCAGAUGACAAGUGGCAAGUUGUCCUCGACACUCGCGGUUCGGAUCGGCUCAUGUUCAUGGCUGCCAUUCGCAGCAUCCCUCCCAUUACAGACCUCAUUACUGUUGGUGGCGUUUCUUCCGUACGUAACAAUGGCGUGAGACGAUUCUUUGAGCCUUACCUAUUGGACCACAAUGGCGACCGAGAUUUGUACUUUGGUCAAAAGAUCAACUCAGCAGGGGACGGUAGCCCCGGAAGCAUCAAUGAUCCAUACUGGAAUGCAGGCGCGGAUCCUCGCUGGUCUUAUGAUGGAACCCGUGUGGUUUACUACCAGAUGUUCGCCGCAUCGCCUGUCUGCGGAGGCGUAAAUCCGCUUCCGUGCAGGAGCUCGGGGUAUGCCGAUGGGCGACAAGGGCGCAUCAUGGUUGCGACGCUCACGAGUCGGAAGCCGUUGCCGAUCAUUGGGGUCCCUGAGGCGACAGAUGAAGUGCCUUGGGCCCUAAAGUACGUGCCUGGGGCGACGCUCCCAGCCCCUUCAAUCAUACCUGCGGGAAAUUAUAUCCACUAUGGUCAAGUGAGUGGGCUGGCCAACGUCCAUAUUGCCUUGAACGCUGCAAAUACAGCAAUACGGAGUAUUUCGGCUCAGUACGAACACUUCUCGGAUGACGGCUUCAAUAUGGUUAAUGGCUUUGAAAAUAUUACGUACACUUCACUCAAUCUCACCUAUGGUCGCUGGGAUUGGUAUUCUGAUAUCACUUCGACUGGUCCUGCCAAUGGCACCAAGAUCACCAGCACAGAUGGAUUCCACAUGGAGAUUGACGAGUCGUAUAACUUUUUCGCAGCCAAUGGCACUUUGGUUAGCUCUAUUGACGGUGUUUCAUGGCAUCAGCCAUGCGAAGGUUGUUGA